UGUCAAAAAGCAUGUGUUUUGGUUUUUGAAAACUUUGCAAGAACCCCUGCAAGAGGUCAAGUUGUUGAUACAAGUCUUAAAUAACAAUACAUCACUUUAAUUUUCCUCUCCAAAGGAGUUAGACAUGGCUUCCAAUGGUAAAUUAGCUCUCCUGAGUGUAUCAGACAAGACUGGUCUGAUUCCGUUGGCGAAAUGUCUUGCUGACAUUGGUCUGAAGCUCGUCGGCAGCGGCGGCACCGCCACUGCUCUCAGAAAUGCCGGACUCCAAGUCAUGGAUGUCUCGGACAUCACUGGCGCCCCGGAGAUGCUUGGAGGUCGCGUGAAGUCCCUGCACCCCGCUGUACACGCAGGGAUAUUAUCCAGAUUAACUGACUCCGAUCAAGCGGACAUGAAGAGACAAAAAUUCGAUAUGAUCAGUGUCGUCGUCUGCAAUCUUUACCCCUUCGUGGAGACGGUGUCCAAACCCAGUGUAACAAUAGCUGAUGCUGUGGAGAACAUUGACAUCGGUGGAGUGACUCUCCUCCGCGCUGCUGCCAAGAACCAUGAUAGAGUGACCGUGGUGUGCGACCCUGAAGAUUAUACAACUGUCAUCAACGAAUUGAAACUGAAUAAGGACCAUCAGACUUCUCUGGAGACUAGACAAAAGCUGGCGUUGAAAGCGUUCACACACACAUCAGAGUACGACACUCACAUCUCAGACUACUUCCGUAAACAAUAUUCUGCUGGACAGAGCCAACUUACGCUGCGUUAUGGUAUGAAUCCUCAUCAGAAGCCAGCGCAAGUUUUCACAACCAGGGACAAGCUGCCCCUGACCACUUUGAACGGAUCCCCUGGCUUCAUCAACUUGUGUGACGCUCUCAACGCAUGGCAGCUCGUUAUUGAGCUGAAGGAGGCAUUGGGUAUGCCGGCUGCCACCAGCUUCAAGCACGUGUCUCCGGCGGGAGCGGCUAUUGGAGUACCGUUGACAGAAGAAGAGGCUGACGUUUGUAUGGUAGCCGAUUUACUACCCAAGCUGACGCCAUUAGCGUGCGCGUACGCAAGAGCGAGAGGGGCUGAUCGGAUGAGCUCUUUCGGCGACUUUAUUGCGGUUUCUGACGUGUGCGACGAGAUCACCGCCCGGAUCAUAUCGCGGGAGGUGUCCGACGGAAUCAUCGCUCCCGGCUACUCGCCCGAGGCCCUCGAGAUAUUGAAGAAGAAAAAGGGUGGCAACUACUGUGUAUUGCAGAUGGACCCCAAAUACACUCCAGACCUUAUGGAGCAGAAGACCAUUUUCGGGCUGACAUUGGAACAGAAGCGGAACGACGCUAAGAUCACGCCAGAGCUGUUCCAGAACAUUGUGACCGCACAAAAGAAUUUGCCGACUAAUGCCGUGCGAGACUUGAUCGUUGCGACUAUCGCCUUAAAGUACACGCAGAGUAACUCAGUCUGCUACGCCAGGGAUGGACAGGUAGUGGGUAUCGGCGCUGGCCAGCAGUCCCGCAUCCACUGCACGCGGCUGGCGGGCGCCAAGGCGGCGCUGUGGUGGGCGCGCCGACACCCGCGCGUCCGAGCCAUGCGCUUCCGCGCUGGCGUCUCCCGCGCCGUCGUGUCUAACGCCAUCGAUAACUAUGUCAACGGAACUAUCGGCUCCGACUUGCCGCUAGAGCAGUGGAACAGCCUGUUCGAGGGCGCCCCCCCGGCGCUGCUGACUGACGCCGAGCGCGACGAGUGGACCAAGAAGAUGGACAAGGUGGCCCUCGCCUCCGACGCCUUCUUCCCCUUCAGAGACAACAUCGAUAGAGCUGUUCAGUGCGGAGUUGAGUACAUCGGCAGUCCAGCCGGAUCUAACAACGACAAGGAAGUUAUUCAGGCCUGCGACGAGCACAAGAUCGUCCUAGCACACACCAACCUGAGACUGUUCCAUCAUUAAGUUAUACCUAAGAUCAUCAGACAAAGAGCGGUCAAGCUUUCAAGCGGUCAGAUUCGUUCUUUGUGUUGUAUUACGUUACAUAGUUAUACUAACACAGGGGGCGUUCCUACCUCGUCUGAUUUGCUUCUGUGUGAGUGACCGCUCAAAAGUAGAAUGGAAACGCAGAAUGCUUGAACGCGUGUCCGCUCUCUGUCUGAUAGGUCCCUAAAGUCUAAAUCCAUGUAUUGGACCAAUAUUUACAAAUGUUUAACUAAUUGCGUAUUAUAUUGCCAUAUAUUGUAAGAUUUAUUUAUGCAUGCAUAUAAUGGAGAUCUGAAUUGUCCAUGUUAAUUGUUUAUGAUAUUAUUAGGUAUAAUUGUAUUAACCUAAACUAUAUAAGUAUCAGUGAGAAUGAGAAAAAUCCCUUUUUAAAUUGUAUAUAUUUUAUUGUUACGGUCAAUUCAUACUAGCGCAGAGUCGAAG